UAUAACAGCACAAAUGUGCAUGUAACAGCUCAGACUGUGCUUGUAACAUGCGCUUAACAGAACAUCUGGGUGAGCCCAGCUGUUUCCCGCCCAAUUUAAUUCGGACUUCAAAAUGUAAGUGCAGCAAAUUAAUUUUUUAUUUCAAAAUUACCGCUUUGUUCUUUAUAUCCAGGGGAAAGCAUAAAUCAUCUCUUCAAGAUGAAAUCCUGGUGGGUUUUAUGAAAGACAACGCGGACUUGGCAAAAGGAUUUGUGAAGGGCGACCAAGUUGUUGUCGAUGCCAAGUGGGCAGAGCUUUGCGGCGCUCUCAAUGCUGUUGGGCCGCCAAUCAAGGACGCAUUGGGUUGGAAAAAGGUUUGGGCGGAUUGGAAAACAAACAUCCGCAAGAAGAUGGCGAAAAAAAAAUCAGAAACUCGAGCUACAGGUGGAGGGCCCGCUCAGCAAUCGCUUGGGGAAUUGGAGGAGGAAGUGGCCAAGCUAUGUGGCCUCUACGAAAUGGUGGAAGAAGUAGGUGGGCCAGCGUAUGGCCUCCCCUCGUACGACCAAGGAGGCCGACACUGGGGUUAAGUGCGCGAUGAAAGACCCCAUUGAGGACGAACCCUCAGAGAAGGAGGAGCCCAUGCCGAAGCGCCGUCGAACUAGACCAGCGCAGCCCAUGGACCUCAACGAUCUUUGCGCUGCUCAGCUGGAUGAAAUGUCGGCAAUUUCCAAGAAAAUGUCGGAACAUUUCGAACGAAUGGAAUCGUUAGAGA